AUGAAAGGAGUAAUGAGAUUUGGAAUGAAAGGAAAACUGAGCCCAAAGUACAUUGGUCCAAAUGAAAUACUGCAAAGAAUAGGCAAAGUAGCUGAUAGGUUGGCUUUACCUAUGGAGCUAAGCAAAGUGCAUGAUGUAUUUCAUGUGUCUCAAUUAAGAAGGUACAUACCUGAUAAAUUCCAUAUACUACAACCUAAAACAAUUGAGCUAGACCAAAGUUUAACCUAUGAAGAGAAACCUGUCAAAAUUCUUGACAAUAAAGUGCAUAGUACACGUAAUAAGAAUGUCAAGCUUGUGAAAGUGCUAUGGUCUAACCAAUAA